AUGAGCCCUGUAGAAGCAAAAGGCCCAAUACGCAGUGUCACCGCAACGGUGGUCUCUGAUCUGGAACAUCACUUCACCGUGUCCGAUACGAGUCCAAAUCAGCUUCCGCCGUUGCCGCAAACCACUUCCUCAAGAGUGUUGUGGAAGAUCGACCGCAGAGUCGUGCCAUGUGUUGCCACGCUCGCCCUGAUGUGCUUCUUGGACCGGGCAAACAUGGGCAAUGCGUUGGUGUACGGGAUGCGAGAAGACCUGGGUCUUACCGGGGCGCAGUUCUCAACAGCCCUGACCAUGUUUUUCAUCACAUACAUCGUCUUCGAAAUCCCUUGGAAUAUCCUGCUGAAGAAGCUCACGCCGCGGAUUUGGCUCUCAUUCAACGCCUUUGUAUUUGGAAUCGUGACGCUCUGCACGGGAUUUGUGCAGAACUAUUCCAGUCUUCUAGCCCUGCGGCUGUUGCUGGGUCUCGCGGAAGCCGGUGUUUUCCCUGGUUGCACAUACCUCAUGAGCUCAUGGUAUACGCGGCCAGAGGCGCAGCGGCGGUUCUCCCUGUAUCUCAGUGCCGUCAAUUUCUCUAGCGCGUUCGGCGGGUUGCUGGCCGGGGCCAUUGGCAAGAUGGAUGGUGUGGGCGGACUAGCGGGCUGGCGGUGGAUAUUCAUUUUGGGAGGGAUCCUGACGUGUCUCGUCGCGCUGCUAUUCUUUCUCAUCAUGCCGGAUUUCCCUGAGCAGGUCGGCUGGCUGUCCAGCGAGGAGCGCGAGUUUGUGCAGGCGCGGCUGCGUGCCGAACAGGGACCCUCGGCCAUCGAGCUUGGGAUUCGAUUUCGUGAUGUCUACACCACUGUGCGAGACCCCAAGGUCCUGAUGGCCGGGUUGAUCCACAUGUCGGCUUCGGUGCCGGGAUACAUGGGUGCGUAUUUCGCGCCCAUGAUUGUCCAGAGCCUGGGGAUCUACUCGUCGAUCCAGACGCAGCUGCACACUGUCCCCGUCUGGAUCGUGACCACCGCCCUCACUCUCGCUGUGGCCUAUGUCUCGGAUGUAAUGCGCCACCGGUACGCUGUGGCCCUGGCCUGCGCGCUACUUUCUGUCGUUGGGUAUUUGGUGAUGUUCGAGGUGCGCGAUAAUGUGCGGGUGCGGUACGGGGCGCUGUUCUUGGCCAUGGCGGGUGUGCCGAGUAUGAUGCCCGUGGAGAUCUGCUGGAACAUGAUGAACCUGGGCGGCCAUCGCCGCCGCGCCAUCGGCAGCGCCUGGCAGGUCGCGUUUGGUAAUUUUGGCGGCAUCAUCGGGUCCUACGCCUUCCGGGCCCAGGACGGACCUGGGUACCAAUUCUCGUACGCGAUCUGCAUUGGAUUCUGCUGUCUCACCAUCAUCUGGUGCACCCUGUACGCCGGGUACUGCUGGUGGGUGAAUCGCCGACGAGCCGCUCGGGGAUGGGGGAGGGAGUUUACGGAGGCGGAAAAGGCGCAGAUGGGCGACCUGAGCCCGGCGUAUCGGCUGAUGAUUUAG